UUGGAAUCACUGACGAACUCACGAGGUCAAGAACCACAAUCUGCCAAGCCAACAGUCACAGACGUUGAAGAACGGAACUUGCCCACAAGUUUUGGUUGUGUAAUAUUGUCGGAUAAAGUUGCUGGGUAAAUGGUUGCUUUUGCCAGAUGCUGUGGACUUAGCAAAUUUUUGCCAGGUGUUGGAUAUCAUAACUUGAUCUGAUUUUGGGGUAUUCACGGUGGCAAGUGCAGCUACCGGUAGCAUAAUUUAUUUUCCAGAGGGCCAUCAUCAUGAGCUAAGCCUGGGAGAGAAGCUGUGCAAGAACCAAGCUAGUCUAAUAAUUGAGAGCAAUGGCAAUACUUGUCUCUCCAGGGAAGGCACCCAAAGGUGCUCCUAGUACAUGUAGGAGCGGCAAAUGGCUCAUGUUUGCAAUGUUUGCUUCUGUCGCAUUGAUUUCCCAAGAUAACAAUGUUAUUGAUAUCUUCGUGCCGUCUUUGUCUCCCUUGGAAUCACUGACGAACUCACAAGGUCAAGAACGACAAUCUGCCAAGCCAACAACACCAGAACUUUCGAGAGCACCCACGUCAACAGUCACAUUGAAAGCGAUUUCGUACAGUCUUUAUGGAAGUAACCCUAAAUAUACGGUUGGAAUGAUCAACGUUGCCACCACCUUACCAAGAUUCUUUGCGGAUUGGCAAGCUUGGAUAUAUCAUGACAACACUGUUCCAAACUCAACCCUCCAAGAGUUGCAAAAUGUGGGACAUCAUGUCAAACUCAUCAAUGUGGAGACAGAUCUACCAACAUGGGUUCAUCCACGGUUGAAUCCCAUGACUUGGCGAUUUCUGAUUGCCUCCAAUCCUGCCGUAGACGCGUAUGCCGUACGAGACAGCGAUUCGCUUCCGUCUGCCCGGGAAUUUGCAGCUGUGGAGGAAUUUCUCAAGUCCGGCAAAGCAUUCCAUUUCAUACGAGACCAUCCUAUGCAUAAUCCUCAAAAGUUUGCACCCAUUUUAGGGGGAAUGUGGGGAGGCGUACAUCGAGGAGUGCCGCAUAUGGAUCGACUGUUGAAGAUGUGGUACAGCAAGAAGGAAAAAUCAACCGGGUAUGCAUACGCCGAUGAUCAAGAUUUUCUGUGGACAGAAAUAAUGCCACUCGCCUAUCAAGACGUCCUUCAGCAUGACUCUUACUAUUGCCGAGAAUCAAAUGCCAUUGCUUUUCCCGUCAGCCGCGAGGAAAGUGACGCAGACGACAACAAUCCAAAUUUCUUUGUCGGCAACAGUUUUGCCCAACGAAACAAACCUAGUCGGGGGAGUGGGAAAAUUGGCCAGGCUAAGAAGCGUUACGAGGAAUGUCUACAGGAUCGCAAGACAAAAGAGACACAACUGGACAAGUCAGGAGUGAAACGAGGAGAUUUCCCAUCUCACUUCAAUACUACUUUCAACGGUCCUAUUCAGGGGUCAUCCACAGACGCAUGGGCAGUCUGGAGUCGACAGAUGAAGCUAGACUAACGCAAGACAAGGAAUAGAGUGACAGUCGGCAGGUAUAAUAUAUUGAUGCCAUGCACUUUGGCUUUGCGAGCUGAACUGAACUGGCUAGCAAAAGCGACAAUGAACAACUUCGUGACUCGACUCCGUCUCGAUGACUGAGAACCAUUCGCAUGGUUUCUAAAGAUGCCACAUCUGG